GUCAACUGAAACUGCUAUUAAUCAGUUAAUUAAAGGGGAAAAAAUGAUCGACCAAAAACAGAAAAAACCGAAGUGUCUUUUCAUGUUUAUUUUUUCUUUCAUUCUUGUUCUUGUUUUCUUUUAGAAAGAGUGGAUUCCCAUUUUAUACUUGAUUAAACAAUCUUCUUGCUUUCUUUGUUUCCAGUUUGUAGUCGUUGGAUUUUGUUGAUCAAAGAUGGAAGUUGUCAUGGAUUCUAGUCUUCGUCGUCUUGUGAACAGAAGGCUGGAAUGGUUGGAAAUGACCAAGGAUCAGGUUUCAGAUUGGAACGCCGGAACAACUCGUAGACGAGACCGACUCAGUGCAUUACCUAAUACAGUGCUUUUCCGCAUUCUAUCCAAGAUGCCCAUGGACUCGGUUGUCCGAACCAGCAUCUUAAGUAAAAGGUGGAGUAAUCUCUGGAAGCACACCCAAGGCGUAGAUUUCCACAGUUUACCCUUCUCCGAUAACCAAGCCGACUAUUCUCCAAUUACUCGCUGCUUAGAACUCCUCCUAUCUCCUCAGAUCAUAAAAUUCACCACUGUUGGCCACGUUAGCGAGCGUUCUAACCCUGAUGUACAAAGAUGGGUCAAUUUUGCACUCUCCAAGAACGUCCGUCAACUGACGAUAGGCCUCAUGUCAGUUUCUUUAGCAAGGAGAUUCUUUCAGUUGCCAGAUUCUCUUUUCUCCAAUCGAAGUAAAAUACUGGAGCACCUUGUUUUAAGCUUUGUUGACUUUAAACCACCUCGUCCUGGUCAACCUAUUGCUGCGUCAGUCUUUUCUUCUCUUAAGCUUCUUGUUCUCACCAACUGCAAACUUGCAGAUGCGACUGUGGAUUUGUGCCUUCGUAAAUGCGUCCCUCUUGAGGAAUUGGUCAUUAAUAUGUGUGAGGGGCUUAAGAAUGUUAACAUCAGUGGUCCAAAUCUUAGGCUGAUUAGUUUUAGGUGUCUUGAAGAUAGUGAUGAUGGGGAGUUCAGGUCAUUACGUGUUGAUGCUCCACUUGUCGGAAACCUGGUUUACUCAGGUGACUUGACCAAAUUUUAUUUGAACAACUGUCCGGUAUUACAAAUUUUACACUUGCAAGGGAGGGAGGAACCAAUGAAUGAGGCAUAUACUGUCCACGUUAGAGAAUUGAUCGAUCAAAUCAGGCAUGUGAACACUAUGAUUCUAAAUUUUGCGGUUGUGGAGUUCGUCGCAAAAGAGUACUACACAAGAGGCAUCCCAUUCCAAACAUUCCAAAAUCUCACGCAUGUUUUUUGGUAUGGUCCACUAAAAUCUCCAAAUGCGGUUUACAACCUGGUUGCCUUCUUAGGGGAUUCCCCCUCUCUCAUAGAAAUUGCAGUAGAUUUUCGGGGGGAAAGUGGGGCUGUGUUCUGCCAAUGUAUAAGCGAAGGUCACGUGGCAGAUGAAUAUGAGGAGGGCGAGAGUUCACAACGUAAUCCGUACGAAGUUGGAAAUCUGGAAAAGCUGGAAAUAGCUGAGGUGAGAUGCUUUUCAGGAUUUGAUGGUGAAAUGUUGUUGGUGAGGUUGCUGUUGGAGAAGGCUGUGAAUCUUCGAAAACUAUGGCUGUUUUGGCGGCUAGGUGAUCUGAGUGUGAUGCAUGACAAUGUGUUACAAGAUAUUACUAAAUCUGGCUACCCUCAACAACUUUCUGAUACAAUCCAGGAAGAAGCUAAUUCUAUUAUAGCAACCAUCCUUAAUUUUCGUAAAGCUUCUCCUCGUGUUCGAAUCAAAUUUGGACAAGAAUGGCGAAUUGAAUCCUGGAGACGUCAUUUUGGCGACUAGAAUUUCAUGUUCUCUGUAUUGAAGAAUCAAUGAUUGAAUUUCAACACCAAUGCAUAUGGAGUGAUAUGCCCAUCUUGACGACUGCUUCUUUUGUUUUUUUCUCUUCUUCCUUUCCUUCACCUAUUUCUAGUGUCAUCUACUUUACACAUAUCAAGUAUUAGUUUUAAAUGUUUCAAUUUUAAUGUUCUCAGUUACCAUUUACUUUUUUGCAUAUUUCCCCUCGAGGGGUAUUUGUUCCUGCGACCCACAUGAAUUAUCAUUUCAGAAUUUCU